CUCGAUGCUAAUCUGGGCUCCUUGAUUCUCUACGUGCUAUUGCAUGGCAUAUACACCGGCAUUCUUACUGUUACACUGUGGAAUAUAUUCAUCAAUAAAUGUUGGUCGAUGCGAAGAGCCCUGGUUCUCGUUAUCGUUCUUCUCCAUGCUCUGAAUACUAUUACUCUUGCUGCCAAUUGGUCAUCUACAUCCUCUAUAUUCAUCGAAAACAGGCAAAGUUUUUGGACCAUAUUUCUGAAGCUUUCCAAUUCAGGUCAACCAAUCUUUCUGGAGACAGGUAUUCCAGCCUUAAUGAGUACCGUUCUAGCAGAUUUAUACAUGAUUUGGUGCUGCUGGAUCGUUUGGGGACAGCGUCGGCUCACUGUUCUGCUUCCAAUACUUUCCCUAAUUUGUGCAACUGGUAAAGUGACCCAUCUCAUCUCUCCUUUUCAUAUAUCCGACUUCUGCGUAGUGUCGAAAAUCAUUGGCUUACAUCUUGACUCCACCACCACUAAAAUACAUUAGAUGAAUUAUACGUUAUGCUCUACCUAUCUUCUAUCCUGGCAACAACAUUAUGGUGUACUCUGCUCAUCAUUUUCCGCAUUUUGACUGUUACCGGGGUUAGAUGUGGAGCAGGCGGCCGACUGAG